CUGUCAGCAUCACCGUCACCCGUUCUCUUAGCCAACACCAUCGCCAACUCGGCCAACUUGUGCCACGCCGGCGGUAUCAACAGCAUGACCAGCAUCAGCAACACUAUCAACAACAUUGGCAUGGGCAUGGGUAUGGGCAUGAGCAUGGGCAUGAGUGUCGGCAACGGUAACAGCAACACUGGCAACAGCAUCAUCAGUACAGUCCCCCUCCUCGACCAGUUCGCGAAGUCUGCGUCUCGACCCGAGGGCAACCAACUGAUGCCGACUGGUCUGAUUGUUCGACCCCUCGAACCGGCUCCACUCCAGUUGCUCACAGUCUCACGGUCGACUCAACCUUCUCCACACUCGACGCCGGUUUCUGCGCCAGUCACUUCGACUGCGCCAGUCAUGACUCAGGUACAUGUCGACACAUCCCAUUUGCCCCAUUUCACGGUCAGGCAAGAUCUAGCCGACAUCCAUCGGCUUUGUCAACAGUUGAACGGUUUACUAGAGUUUUAG